CUCUUUCUCCCCUUUUUAUUCCAUUUAUUUUUAUUUUUUAAUUUUUCUCAUCGCUUUUUUUAUUUGUUUGAUGACCAUUCUCAUUCACUUUUACUUUCACUUUCUUUGUCAUUGAUCUCCUUCCAUCUAACAACCACUACGACUAUCGCCACUCUACUACCAUUACUAUCAUCACCAUCAUUAACUAUUAACUACAUACAUCCAACCAUGUCUUCUUCCGCACGGAUUUCGAGAUCUCCUUCUCGUUUCACUUACUUCUUCCUCUUCGCUAUCCUCGCUCUCUUUUUAAUUACAAUUGCAAGUCCUGUCCUUGCUCAGGAAGAAGAACUUCCAGUCGACCCUUCACUCCCAGAAGAACCUGCUCCAGAAGAACCUGCUCCAGAAGAACCUGCUCCUGAAGAACCUGCUCCUGAAGAACCUGCUCCUGAAGAGCCUGUCCCUACUGGUGAAAAUCCACCUGUGGAAGUCCCUACAGGUGUGCCUACAGCCAUCAAUCCAGUGCCCUCAGCUACAGUACCUGCACCCACAUCCAGCCCCACACCAUUCAUACCCGAUCCCAUCUUCUCAACCUCAGAUUCGUGUGAGGCCUGUAGACCUCAGUUCUUUGCUAUCCGAAACUGCACCACACGCAUUCCCACUGGGGUGAACCUGACGAUGAUUCAACAGGUUCUUCCAUUUUAUCAGUGCAUCUGCCCCAAUGGUGGUUCCCAGGUUGAUGCGUUGCAGCAGUGCAGCAUCUGUUUGCGCUCGACAGCUCAGCAAUCAGCAUUGAAUCUGAUUUUUUACAACGUCACCAACCAGGAUGUUAAGGCCAUGAAGCAAGUCUGCACUGAGACCGCAGACGGUACCAAGGUACCCAGUGGGGCUGCUGGAUUCUUAUCCUUUAUGCCCUCUGCUACUUUUACAUUUGCUUCUGUUGCUGUGCUCCUUCUGUUGAUGCCUUUUGGUGGACUGUAAUACUACGACAACAAUUAGCAUACAAAUACAUAGCUUUGUCAUUUUCUUUUAUCAUAAACCACAUUCGACAAUAACAUCCUUGAUAAUAAUAAACUAUCGUGUAAACCCAUUCAUGCAGUAACAAUAAUAAACUUGCAUUGGUAUGUCAGAGC